AUGCCGAAAUCAAAACAAUUUGUUGAUACUUCGGAUUCCGACGAACAAAAGAAUUCGGCUAGUGAUGAAGAAAAAGCUAAGACUUCAACAUCGACCAAGUCGAAAAGUAAAAAUACAAAUAACAAGGAUAAUCCACCAGCUAAACGAGUUAAACCAAAUGAUAAAGCAGAUGGCGAUGGGGUACUUUCAACAGCUGGACCUAAUGGCGAACGACUUUACGAAGCAGCGAUGGUUAACUCGUCAGUAUGGCGAGACGGUGGCGAGGCACUUUUUUGGCUGACUCGCCGAUCUCUGAUUCGUGAAUACUAUGAUGAUAAUGGUGUACAAAAACCUGGCAUUAGUUUAACUGUUGAUCAAUGGGAAAAAUUAAAAACACUUAUUAAUCAAGUCGACAAAAGAUUUAUAGAAACCUAUAUGAAAGAAUUAAUUUGUUCAACUAUUGAACGUAAUGUCGUAUUAAAAUGUAUUCGUGAUCAUAAACGUUUGGAUUGUCGAACGAUUGAUGAAACUCGUUCAGUUAAUAUUGAAUUUCGUUCACAUCCUGGUUAUGUUUCAGUUACUCUUGGUCAAACACGUGUUAUUGCACAAGCAUCAUGUCGUAUUACUAAACCAAAAGAAUCACGUGCAUCCGAAGGACAUAUUCGUAUUCAUCUUGAUAUGUCGAAAAUUCCGUUAAUUAAUUUAGAAAAUUGGAAACAUCAAGAAUUUGUACAAGAACUAAAUGGCAUUCUUGAACAAAAUAUUCGUAAUUCAAAUUGUCUUGAUCUUGAAUCAUUAUGUAUUAAUUCUGGAGAAUUAGUAUGGUCAAUCAAAAUCGAUCUUAUUGUACUAAAUAAUUGUGGUAAUAUAUUGGAUUGUGCUAAUAUAGCAGCACUUUGUUCAUUAUAUCAUUUUCGCUUACCAGAAGUAUCUGUACAUGGAUCCGAAAUUCGAGUGUAUUCGUCAACUGAACGUAGAGCUCAUCCAUUACGUAUUCUUCAUUUUCCGAUCAAUGUUUUAUUUGCUUUCUUUGUUGAUGGUCGAUAUACAUUGAUUGAUCCAAAUUCUGAUGAAGAACGUCUUAUGGAUGGUUUCGUUUCCAUUUCAAUGAAUCAACAUAAAGAAAUAUGUGGAAUCCAUAUGGGUGGAAAAUUAGGACUAAAAAAAGAACAAGUUGAAUUAUGCAAGAAACUUGCAUUUAAAAAAGUACUUGAAUUAACUGAUCGUAUUCGACAAGUAGUAACUGAUUAUUAUAAGACAAUUGAACCGACUACACAUACUCAACCAUCGAUUAUACGUAUUGAUAAUGAUGAAGAUGAAGAUAAUGAGAGUAGUAGUUCAAGUGAAAAUGAAGAUUCUGUUUUAACAAAAUCAGAAAUACCACCAUCACCAAUCGAAAACAAUGUUUCACUUUUACUCAUGCCGGAUCUUGAUCAUUUAUCAUUAACUGAUGAUGUUCCAACAAUGACAACUAUGAAUGUUGAUAAAUCAACAAGUGACCUAGAAAAUGUAAUGUGUUCCUAUUUAACACAAAAUCUUAAUCAACCAUGGCCAAUAUUAAAACAUUAUGAUCAAGAUCAUUUAUAUAAUAUAGCUCUUCCUCUUGGUGGUAUUGGUACAGGCACAGUAAGUUUAGGUGGACGUGGAGAAUUGCGAGAUUGGGAAAUAGGAAAUAAACCAGCAAAAAAGUAUAGUACAGUAACAAUUGGUAAUGAUGCACCAUUUUUUUCUGUAUUUGUUAAUCAACCAUCAACAUCAAGUAAAAUAACGAAAGCACUUAUUGGUCCUGUUCAUCCAACUGAACAUUUACAUUAUGAAGGACGUGCAUGUAAUCAUCAUGGUUUACCAAGAUUUCGACAAGCAUCAUUUGAUGCUGCUUAUCCAUUUGGUAUUGUUAAUUUAUCUGAUAGUAAUAUGCCAAUAGAAGUUCGUAUAAAAGGUUUUAAUCCAUUUAUACCAACUGAUUCUGAAUCAAGUGGUAUUCCAAUAGCUGUUUUAUAUUAUGAAGUAACAAAUAUAACAAAUGAAGUUUUAGAUGUUAGUAUAUGUGGAUCAAUAAGAAAUUUUGUUGGACAAGAUGGUAGUAAAUAUUUUAUUGCUGGCGAUGGUGAUUAUGUACCCAUUGGAGCUAAAAAUAAUAUAAAUGUUUAUCGAGAAGAUUUAGCUGGAGAAUUAAAAGGUAUUUAUAUGAAUUCAACUAAUGUUGAUCCAAGUGAUCCAGCAUGGGGAACAAUUGCUUUAACAACAUUAGUUGAUUCACCAGAUACUAUUAUUACAUAUCGUUUAUCAUCCAUCGCAAAUGCAUGGUAUCAUGCUAUACUCGAUUUUUGGGAUGACUUUAGUGCUGAUGGUACACUUCAUGAUAAAGGACAAUUAGUUGAUGAUAAUCCAAUGGCAAGUUUAGCUGUUAAAAAGAAAAUUCAACCUGGUGAUGUUGAACUUUUUCCAUUUUUUAUAACGUGGAAUUUUCCUAAUCGAAUGGCAUGGUCACCAACUAUUGUUGGCAAUUAUUAUUCAACAUUGUAUAAAGAUGCAUGGGAUGUAUGUAUUCAAACUUUACCUCAUCUUGCUGAUUUAGAAUCGAAUACACUCGAUUUUGUAAAUCUUAUUUUGGCAAGUGAUUAUCCUGGUGUACUUAAAGAAGCUGCACUAUUUAAUUUAGCAACACUUCGUUCACAAACAGUUUUUCGUAUAGCCGAUGGACAUUUAAUGGCAUGGGAAGGAGUUUUUGAUAUAUUUGGUUCGUGUCUUGGUUCUUGUACACAUGUUUGGAAUUAUGAACAAGCUAUUGCUUUUCUUUUUGGUAAUCUUGCUAAAACAAUGCGUGAUGUAGAAUUCAACUAUGCUACAUUUGAUGAUGGUGCUAUGAAUUUUCGUGUACAACUUCCAUUAACAAAACCACAAGAACGAACUGGAACUGCUGCAGAUGGACAAAUGGGAUGUAUUAUGAAAAUGUAUCGCGAUUGGCAACUAUCUGGUGAUGAUGAUUUUUUGAAAAAAAAUUGGGAACAAGUCAAAAAAGUUUUAGCUUUUGCUUGGCAGCCUAAUAGUUGGGAUGCUGAUCAAGAUGGUGUUGAAGAAGGAGCUCAACCGAAUACAAUGGAUGUUACUUACUAUGGUCCUAAUCCGCAGUGCAAUUUUUGGUAUUUAGGUGCUCUUCGUGCUGCAUAUCUUAUGGCAUCAUAUAUUGGUGAUGAAGAUUUUGCUAAUAAAUGUGGAUAUCUAUUUAUAAAUGGUAGCACUUGGAUAGAUGAGAAUUUAUUUAAUGGCGAAUAUUAUGAACAGAAAAUAAUUGAUCCUAAAACUGGUCAUUUUAUUUCUAGUGAUGAUCCAAAUGUACCUGAUUAUCAACUUGGUAAAGGUUGUCUUGUCGAUCAAUUAGUUGGUCAAAUGAUGUCUCAUGUAUGUAAUUUGGGUUAUCUUGCUUCAUCGACAAAUAUGGCAACAACAUGUCGUAGUAUAUUAAAAUAUAAUUAUCUUGAUACAUUUAAUGAACAUUUUAAUAAUAUGCGUUCGUUUGUUAUUGGUGAUGAAAGUGGACUUUUAAUGGCAUCAUGGCCACAUGGACGUUUACAAUUUCCAUUUCCAUAUUUUUCAGAAUCAAUGACUGGUUUUGAAUAUACAGCUGCAUGUAAUAUGAUAUAUGAAUAUCAAACACAAGAAGGUUUAAAAUGUAUACAAAGUAUUCGAGAUCGUUUUGAUGGUCUUAAACGAAAUCCAUUUAGUGAACCAGAAUGUGGACAUCACUAUGGACGAUCUAUGACUAGUUGGGCAACACUUUUAGCUUGGUCAGGUUUUCAUUAUUCAGCUGUGACACGAACAAUGGAAUUCGGUGAUAAAACUGGUGUAUUUUUCUGGUCAAAUGGAUAUUCUUGGGGUUCAUGUUGGAUUGUUAAAAAUAAGACAAAAGCGCAUUUAACACUUGUUUAUGGUACUAUUGAAAUAGAAUUUUUUGGAAUCAAAGGAAAACCUAUGAAGAAAUUGCUUGAACGAGUUAUACUAUCAUCGACUAGUGACAUGAAAACACUAACCAUUAAAUUUGACGAUUAA